AUGGGCAUAUCCAAAGAGCUUACCCUGUUCGGUGGAGAUGAAGGCUGGAACGCCAAAGACUGGACCUCGAGCGACGACAGAGUACGAGGCGGAAAGUCUCAAUCCUAUCUGGACAUCAAAGGAGCAACAGCCUGCUUCCAUGGCAAUCUUGAUAUCAAGACUCUAGGGGGUGCCGGCUUCGCCAGUCAACGCACCACUGGGGAUGACCACUCUUGGGACCUUUCUGCUUACGAUGGAAUUCAUCUGGUCGUUGGAAAAGAUGAUGGCAAACGUUACACAUUCAUCCUGAAAGACGAAAUCCUCCCGCCCAUGGACGACGGUCGUGAGCAGUCGACCAUCAGCUAUGAGUACGACUUCAGCGCAGCUGGCAAUUACUCGGUCGUCAUCCCAUGGAGCGAGUUGAAGCCAACUUAUCGUGGGAAGGAAAAGAAUGAUACAUCGCCGCUGAACACAAAGAGUAUCAAGAGAUGGAGCUUCAUGAUGAGGAGUUUCUUCGGGGACCAAGAGGGCGACUUCUCAGUGGAGAUAAAGUCUGUGAAGGCUGUCUCGCAGUCGGAAGACUUUGAGGCAGGCUUCACGAGUGACAAAAGCGACUACAACGCGGUGGAGAAGAGAGAGCCUUGGUCAUGGAAGAACUCCAGGCUCGUCGGACUGGCCCUUAUCUUCUCCACUACCUGGGCCAUCUGCACGGGUGUUUGCUGGUACAAGGGCAUUGAUAUAAGCAUGAUGACACCUAGGAAUUGGUGGAAGAUGGCAAAGCAUGACCGGCUGCCAUGA